GACUCUUACAAAGAACACAAAGACCCACACAGGUGAGAGAAGGCUUUCCCUUAGGGCAGGAAGUGUUUUCUUCCAGGGGUGAACAGGGUUUGGAAAAAACAACCCAAACUUGCUAAACUUGCGGAGCCCUUUAGGCGGGGCUUCUCCUCCUGGGCUCUGCUAGCUAGCACCUCCGUGCAAAGCCUAGAGUCUGCGCCGGGUGGGCAGGGCUCACAGCACUUCCUCCCAGAGCCCAAGUCCUUGCCUCGAGGCCCGUCCUGCCCAGAGGCGCCAACCACUCAUCUCUGCUCAUUCCCGUGCACUUCAGCUCAACCCGGCCCGUCUCGGCUCAGCCCCGCGCAUCUCCGCACAGCCUCCUCGCAUCUCUGCAAGCCCCCCUCGCACCCCCCCCCCUGCAGUCAAGAUGGGUGAAUCAAAUGAAGACAUAGACCAGAUGUUCAGCACUUUACUGGGGGAGAUGGAUCUCUUGACUCAGAGUUUAGGAGUGGACACUCUUCCUCCUCCAGACCCCAACCCACCCCGAGAAGAGUUUAACUACAGUGUGGGGUUUAAGGAUUUAAAUGAGUCCUUAAAUGCACUGGAAGACCAAGAUUUAGAUGCCCUCAUGGCAGAUCUGGUAGCAGAUAUAAGUGAAGCCGAACAGAGAACCAUCCAGGCUCAGAAAGAGUCCUCACAGAAUCAAGAUCGCUUUGCACUUCUGAAGGCUUCAGAUGGCCAGGGAACAGCCUCGGGAGGUUAUGGAGCAAGUGCUGCUGCCGUUGAUGUUAGCCACCAUGAGGAAGCUUUACCACCUCCACCAGUAGAACCCAUGCUAGACCUUCUGCCCCCUCCACCUCCUCCUCCUCCUGAACCUCUCUCUAAAGAAGAAGAAGAAGCCCAAGCAAAGGCUGAUAAAAUUAAGUUAGCACUGAAAAAGCUGAAGGAAGCCAAGGUUAAGAAGCUUGUAGUUAAGGUGCACAUGGAUGAUAACAGUACCAAGUCACUGAUGGUGGAUGAGCGACAGUUGGCCCGGGAUGUUCUGGACAACCUUUUUGAAAAAACCCACUGUGACUGCAAUGUGGACUGGUGCCUUUAUGAAAUAUAUCCCGAAUUGCAAAUUGAGAGAGUUUUUGAAGACCAUGAAAAUGUCGUUGAAGUCUUAUCAGACUGGACAAGAGACACAGAGAACAAAGUACUGUUUUUGGAGAAAGAGGAAAGAUAUGCUGUGUUUAAAAACCCUCAGAAUUUCUACUUGGAUAAUAAGGGGAAAAAAGAAAACAAGGAAAGCAAUGAGAAAAUGAACGCUAAAAACAAAGAAUACUUACUUGAGGAAAGUUUCUGUGGCACAUCCAUCAUCGUACCAGAACUUGAAGGAGCUCUUUACUUGAAAGAAGAUGGAAAGAAAUCCUGGAAACGGCGCUACUUUCUUCUGAGAGCUUCUGGAAUUUAUUAUGUUCCCAAAGGAAAGACAAAGACAUCCCGCGAUCUGGCAUGUUUUAUACAGUUUGAAAAUGUUAACAUUUACUAUGGGAUCCAGUGUAAAAUGAAAUACAAAGCACCCACUGACCACUGCUUUGUUUUAAAGCAUCCUCAAAUUCAGAAGGAAUCUCAAUAUAUCAAGUAUCUCUGCUGUGAUGACGCAAGAACUCUCAGUCAGUGGGUUAUGGGAAUAAGGAUCGCCAAGUAUGGGAAGACUCUCUAUGAUAACUAUCAGCGGGCUGUGGCAAGAGCUGGACUUGCCUCUCGGUGGACAAACCUGGGGACUGUUGGUACACCCAUGCCAGCUCAGCCUUCUACAGGACUUAAAAUAGGCACCAGCCAGCCCAAUGGUCAGAUGCCCCAGGCCGUGCCUUCUGCUGGUCCUCCUCUGCAAGAGGCCCAGACACAAAUUGAAACAACUAAGGAUGAAAAGCAAGGCUUGGUUAACCAUUACCCAGGAGCAACCAAAGAGAACCACCGCCCUAAGUCCAGUCUGCCACCACCACCCCCUCCAGUAAGAAGGUCUUCAGACACCUGUAGCAGCCCCGCCUUGCCAUCCAAGGCCAAGGGCCCUGGCAGCUGCACCUUCCCCCACCCACCGGAGAACUUCCUGCCACCGCCACCGCCCCCACCGCCCGAGGAGGAUAACAGCGGGCUACUCCCGCCACCCCCGCCCCCGCCCUACCUGGAGGAGCCACCGGACUUCGUGCCACCGCCCCCACCCCCACCGCCUGUAGCUGUUGAAGACUCUAUGCAGUGGUACAAAUAUCCUUCAGAUAAACUGGAAAAGACAGACUGA